CGGAGGCCCGCUGCUGGAUCCCGCUCAGGCCGCGGCUAGAAUAGCCGAGCCAAAGCAAGAUGAGCUUCCUGUAUGGACUGCAGUCUUCCACGAGAAACCGGUUUCUCUCUGGAGUGAAUUCCCUGGCCAGCUGGAGACAGUGGAAACCACUAGCAGCCUGUCCACAAGCACGAAGGCCCUGGGUAGUAAAUACGAGUCGGGGACUUAACACAGUCAGACAGCGUCACUCUCUGACUUUACAGCCUGGAAACUUCCAUUUUUGUAGGACUCUCAGUAACAAAAAAUCAAGAUACUUCUCAAAUGGCCAAAGCCAGGAAACGGGGGUGCUUAUCGACAAACGGACCGUUCCAAGACACGGAGCGAGAGAAGGGGUUGGUGGUCCUGCUCCUGCAGCCUUGUGCCCUCUGAGCUGCCCUGCAGCAAGAGCCGCCCGGAGUUUCCACACGUCUCCGCGGGCUCUAGCCGCUCCAGUCCCUCUCUUGCUGCUUAUUCUGAAACCAGUGCAGAAGCUCCUUGCCAUCAUUGUGGGCAGGGGCAUAAGGAAAUGGUGGCAAGCACUUCCUCCCAACAAGAAGGAGCUAUUUAAAGACAGCGUGAAGAAGAAUAAGUGGAAGUUGCUCCUUGGCCUGAGUGCCUCCGGACUGCUGUUUGUGGUGUUCUAUUUCACUCACCUGGAAGUGAGCCCUGUCACAGGAAGGAGCACACUGCUGUUGCUGGGGAAGGAGCACUUCAGACUUCUCUCAGACCUGGAGUACCAAGUGUGGAUGGAAGAAUUUAAAGGCGCUAUGUUGCCCGAGAGAGACCCCCGCUACCUGACUGUUAAAGAAGUGGUGUAUCAUCUGACUCAGUGCAAUCAGGAUGUCCCAGGGAUCUCUGAGAUCAACUGGGUCAUUCAUGUGGUUGAUUCCCCAGACGUGAAUGCGUUUGUUCUUCCUAACGGGCAAGUGUUUGUUUUCACUGGGCUUUUGAAUAGUGUAACCGAUACUCACCAGCUCUCCUUCCUACUGGGCCAUGAGAUCGCACAUGCAGUCCUGGGGCAUGCAGCAGAAAAGGCUAGCUUGGUUCACUUACUGGAUUUCCUUGGUAUGAUUUUUCUCACAAUGAUUUGGGCUGUCUGUCCACGAGACAGCUUGGCACUUCUGGGCCAGUGGAUACAAUCGAAGCUGCAGGAGUAUGUGUUUGAUAGACCGUACAGUAGAACACUGGAGGCCGAAGCCGACAAGAUUGGGCUGCAGCUCGCUGCAAAGGCAUGUGUGGACGUAAGAGCCAGCUCAGUAUUUUGGCAGCAGAUGGAGUUUUCGGAGCGUCUUCAUGGCUACCCAAAGUUGCCAGAGUGGCUGUCAACACACCCUUCUCAUGGGAACCGAGCUGAGCACUUGGACAGACUUAUACCACAGGCUAUCAAACUUCGGGAGGUCUGUAAUUGCCCACCCCUCUCUGGACCAGACCCUCGGCUGCUCUUCCAGCUUACCAUGAAGCAUUUUCUUGAAGACUCAGAGAAAGAGGACCUCAACAUCACUGUUAAGAAACAGAAACCGGAUGCUGCCCCUGUUCAGAAGCAGGAGCAGAUACCACUGACGUACAUGGUUGAGAAAAGAACAGGCUGAACUAAAAUGCAUGAGACUUGGGGUGUGAAGAAGACAGCAAUCCACAUCAUUUUCGUGCCACUCUUAGAAAUGAUGUUCUCAAUGAACAAGAAAUGGAUUUCAUGGUCAAGCCAUGGAUAUUACAGAUAUCGGAAUUUUUCUAGAUUUGUAUCUUUCAUGAAAUAUCAAUGUAUUUUAAUCUAUUUUAAAAUACUUACAAUGAGGAAAAUGUCACAGAAUAAAUUUAUA